GAGAGCACUCACUCACUCUUUCUCUCUCUCACUCUCUCUCUUUCACACUGAGCAGAUCUGAUCACACACACACAGCACUGCUGCCCACCUCUGCAACAGGUGAACAAGCUCCUGAGGACCAACACACACACACACACACCAUGGGGAACCCAAAGCAGUCAUGUCGCAUUAUCGUCCCAGUUGCCAUAUUAUUACUGGCGACUGUUGGCAUUCUUCUGCUCUCCAUCAACACCAAGGACAUGAAGGAACCUGCACAGCAUAUGUAUGGUAUCGUCCUGGAUGCUGGAUCCUCCCAUACAGCUAUGUUUAUCUACAAAUGGCCCGCAGACAAACAGAACGGCACUGGCAUCGUCAGCCAGCAUAGCAAGUGCCGUGCGCUUGGAAAAGGUAUAUCGAGCUAUGCUGGUCAGAGAGGAGAAGCUGCUCGUAGCCUGGAGAUGUGCAUGGAGCAGGCAAAACAGGACAUUCCCAAAACAAGGCAUCAUGUCACGCCUUUGUAUCUUGGAGCCACAGCUGGCAUGAGACUACUGAACAUAUCUCGUCCCAAAGAGUCGAAUGCUAUUUUGAAGGAAGUAGAAGAGAAGUUGAAGAGCUAUCCGUUUCAGUUCAAAGGGGCCACCAUACUGACAGGGCAAGAGGAAGGAGCAUAUGGCUGGGUCACUGUCAACUACCUGUUAGAGAACUUUAUCAAGUACGGGUUUGUAGGCCGUUGGCUGUUCCCUGGCAAAGAGACGGUUGGUGCACUGGAUUUCGGUGGUGCCUCGACUCAGAUUACUUUCGAAACCAAGGACAAGGUGGAGGAUAAGAACAACCUGGUGAUGCUGCAGCUGUAUGGCAGAAACUACAGCCUCUACACUCAAAGCUUCCUGUGCUACGGCAGGGACCAGAUGUUACAAAAGCUGCUGGCUCACCUGGUUCAGUCUCAGGGCACAGAUGGACUCAUAACCAACCCUUGCUAUCCACCGAAUUACAAUGUGUCCAAGACGCUGGACAUGUUAUUUGAUUCUGCGUGCACAGUACACAGCAAACCCACUCAGCUGAAAGGCGACAAGACGCUUCAAAUUAUCGGCUCGGGGAACUACAAGGAGUGCCUGGGGAACAUGUCCCAGAUAUUCUCUUUCCAAUCCUGCAACUACUCCAAGUGCUCCUUCAAUGGUGUUUUCCAGCCCAAUGUUGUUGGCAAAUUUAUAGCAUUUUCUGCUUUCUACUACACCUAUGACUUCCUGAAGCAGGCCGUAGACAUCACCAUCACUUCCCCCAAGCUCCUAGAAGAGGCUGCCAUGACCGUCUGCAACAUGAGCUUCCAGGAGAUGCUGCAGAAGGUUCCAGGUCAGCAAGAACGACUUCAAGACUACUGCUCAGUCACAGUCUUUAUACAAGUGCUUCUUCUGAAAGGCUACGGGUUUGAUCUGAACUCAUUCUCCCACAUCGCCUUCCAGAAGACCGCAGGGGACACGUCGAUCGGUUGGGCCCUCGGUUACAUCCUGAACCUGAGCAGUCUCGUGCCGUCUGAGAGUGUGUCUCUGAGAAAGGUUAUUUCUCCAACAGCCUGGAGCAUGCUCAUUUUCCUCUUCACUUUCCUGCUCAUCCUAGCAAUCGUGUUUCUACUGAUGGCCAUGUGUCGCAAGAAGAGCGUAAAUGACACCGUGCUAUAAUUAUGACUGUUUGGAUUGUAUUUUUUUUUUCAUGUUUUUAUGCACUGAAUGAAAAGGAUAGUGGCAAGGAGUUGUUUAUGAGCACUGAAGUGAAAUCAUGACUCUGGCAAGGUGAAUAAAAAACUGUCCACUGUACUAUAUUAGGUUAAAAAUUUAGCAGAAAGAAUCUGUAUUGAAUUUAUGCUGGAGGAAAAAAAACAAAAGGGGAUAGUUUAGAAUAAAACAAAAUAGAUUUAGUCAAGGAUUUUUGCUUUGUAUGUUUUGCAUAAACACAUUCACGGUUAUUUUCAGGAACGGUUUACGCAGCGCCUUUUUUGAUAAAGAUUCGGUUUAAAUAAUUGUUUUAAGCGAAAUGUUAUGAUGUAAUGCUGGAAUGUUUUUAUAAUGCAUGCAGAAUUGUAAGCUCACAAUGUGUUUUCUACCCUGUACUGUGGUGGUGAUGAAGAAAGGUUUUGUGUUUGAAUUCUUUGGCUCUAUAUGUGAUGAAUAAAAACUGUUUUCUACA